AUGAACUUCCUGCGCCGUCGACUUUCUGACAGCAGCUUCAUUGCUAACCUGCCCAAUGGCUACAUGACCGAUCUGCAAAGGCCUGAUCCUCCUCCACCUCCUCCACCCAGUGCCUCCUCUCAGCAGGCUCCAUCCUCUUCUCCUGGUCCUGCUACAGCCACCGCUCCUCCUCCUGCUGCUCCGUCUGUCUCUCCAGCCCCUGAGCGCCGGGCUCAGGCUGCUCCAUCCAGCUCAGGCUUCUUCAGCUCUAUUACCAAUGUGGUGAAGCAGACGGCAGCCUCAGCGGGAUUGGUUGAGCAAAGCACUGCUCAGUCUUCCAAGAAGUUCAAGGUGCUCCUGGUGAUUGAUGAGCCACAAAAUGAAUGGGCAAAACUGUUUCGUGGGAAAAAGGUCCAAGGAGAAUAUGAUAUCCGUGUGGAACAGGCUGAAUUCUCCGAGAUCAACCUUGUUGCACAUGCAAAUGGAACAUGCAGCGUGGACAUGCAGGUUAUUAGGAAUGGGACUAAAGUUGUUCGAUCCUUCAAGCCCGACUUUGUACUGGUCCGACAGCAUGCUUUCAGCAUGGCCCAGAAUGAGGACUUUCGUAAUCUGAUCAUCGGCCUGCAAUAUGCUGGGAUUCCCAGUGUGAAUUCACUCGAGUCUAUUUACAAUCUUUGCGACAAGCCAUGGGCGUUUGCUCAACUGAUAAGCGCCUAUAAGAAGCUGGGACCUGAAAAAUUUCCUCUUAUUGAGCAAACUUUCUACCCAAACUACAAGGACAUGAUCUCCAUGCCAACAUUCCCUGUGGUGGUGAAGAUUGGACAUGCCCACUCUGGCAUGGGAAAGGUUAAAGUUGACAAUCACAGCGAUUUCCAAGACAUUGCCAGUGUGGUGGCCAUCACUCAGACCUACACGACUACAGAACCCUUCAUCGAUGCCAAGUAUGACAUCAGGGUCCAGAAGAUAGGCACUGACUACAAAGCUUAUAUGAGAACAUCCAUCUCUGGCAACUGGAAAUCAAACACUGGUUCUGCCAUGCUGGAACAAGUAGCCAUGACAGAGAAGUAUAAGAUGUGGGUUGACAUUUGUUCAGAAAUUUUUGGAGGGCUGGAUGUCUGUGCUGUAAAAGCCAUUCACGGAAAGGAUGGAAAAGACUACAUUACUGAGGUGGUGGGCUCAUCUAUGCCGCUCAUUGGAGACCACCAAGCAGAAGACAGGCAGCUGAUAGCUGAUGUUGUCCUGGCCAAGAUGAACCAAUUAGUAACUCGGGCACCUACUCGAACUCAGCAGCGGCCUCCAACUGCUGUCCAACAACCACAGAGCUCUGUCGUAAAGGAAGGCCUGGCUGACCACAGCAAGCCUCUGUCCCAGCGUGUCCCUCCUCAAGGAGCCCCAGCAAAACCCAAAGAGUCCCAGCCCAAGCCUCAAGAGCCUCCGAUCGCCUCAGCGUCUAGUGCUCCAGCCCCAGAUCCUGUCUCAAAAUCAACUCCUUCCCCAACUCCUCCACCUACAACCCAGCAGCCCAAAGCUCACCCUCAAGCUUCACCCACUCCAGCACCUGGAAAACCAACAGAUUUACCCCCAAAGCCCCAGGUUCCAAAACCACUUCCUCCAAAGCCUGUUCCUCCUGUGCGCAGAAACUCCAAGCCUCAGCUCCAGCCCAAGCCCCAGACCCCACCUUCAGCAAAGGCGCAAGCUAAAGUCCAGCCUGAAUCAGCAGAUCAGGGGCAAAUCCAGACCGAUUCAGCUCCAGCACAUGUUCAAGCCUCCCCCAAAGCACCUACUAAAAACCAGUCUCCCACUAAACCACAGGUCCAAACCAAACCUGUGCCAAAAGAGCCAGCCCAGGUCGAGGUUCCAGUUCAGAAUGUGGCCCCGUCUGAAUCAACACCCCCGGCCCCUGCACCCUCUGCUGUAGAGGAACAGCCUGCGCCACAACAGAAGUCAUCGCAUCCUUUCUUAAAUAAAUCCCAGUCCCUGACCAAUGCCUUUAAUGCCUUUGGUGAGACCUUCCGUUCCAGCAAUGAGGACGAAGCCAAGGCCGAGACCAUCCGAAACCUGAGGAAGUCUUUUGCCAGCUUGUUCUCUGACUAGUGACAAGUGUAUGGUUGGGAAUUUGCUGGCUGUGAACUUG